AGGUGGCUCCUGAUCUGGCCCAGCCCAGGUGGUGCACCCGCCCCGGGCUGCUGUAUGCACUGUCCGCUCGUGUUCUGCAGGGGAUCCGUGUGUGCAUGUUCAAUGGCUGGGAGGAGCUUUCUGUGUUAGAACCUGAUGGCGUGAAAGAAAGCCAGAAAGACCUUUUAUUCUCGUAGCAGCAGCAUCAGUAAAGAUACAGGAGGAGGAAAGGAACGUCCCCAGCGCCCGCAGGGAGCACCGCCUGUGCUUUCCGAAGAGGCUGGAGUACCGCAGAUGCAGGGCGCAUGCCCACUAUAAGCCUUUUUUUUUAUCCAGGCAGAACGUGUCAGACCUGCCCGAGACAUUCUAAAGCUCUUCUGAACCGAGGCAUUGUGAUUAUACUCUGCAGAUCCGUUUUUUUUUAACAUUAUCUUUUAUUGCAACGGGCAUCUUUUUAUCUCUCCAAUCUUUUAUUUUCUCUCGUUCUUCGGCUUCACGAUGCUGCCCAGUCCCUCUGCACCGUCAGCGGGGAAGGAAAGCGAAGGGGAUGGAGAGAAAGAAACCACGAAAGUGACAACUGAGUGCAAGCGGCUUGCCAAGGAGCGAGAUGAGGCAGAGAGGCAGCUGAAGCACAUUAAACGAGUUUCCCAAAUGGUUAUUGAAGAAGUGAGUGUGCUGCAGACUCAACUGGAGAUCGAAAAGUCAUGCAGGGAGAACGCAGAAGCCUUGGCUACAAAGCUGAACUGUGAGAACAGGAAGCUGAAGUACUUGAGCCUGUCUUCCCGGCCCUGCCUGGACGAGCUGCUGCCCAGUAUCUCAGACUGCAUCGCACUAGAGGAGGAGGCUGAGCCCCAGGACCCCAGCCCAGACCCCUACACCCAGUACCAGCAGCAGGUCAAAGAUCUACAGGAGACGGUCAGCGUGCUGCUGGAGGAGAAGAAACAGUUAACCUGCCAGCUGCAGGAACAGCAGAGUCAUAUAGAAGAGCUGAGUGCGCGAAUAGAAAAGCAACAGGCAGACAUGAAGGAACUACAUGAAACCAUUGAGACCCAGAGCAAAACAAUUAAGCGAUUCAACAGAGUUUCAAUGAUGGCAACACAAGAGUACGGGAAUCUGAGAGAGCAGCUGGACCUGGAGCUGAGCCUGAGGGAGAAAGCAGAGUCCUAUGCACACGAGAUGCUGAUCAAACAGAAGGAAGCCAACCGGCAGAGCAUGAUCCUGCUGCAGCAGGUGGACCCCAGCGUGCAGCUCCUCAAGGCCCUGGAGGACGUGGCCAACGUGACCAAGACUCUGGAGCAGGAGCGGCUGCAGCGCCAGCGGCAGGUGAAGGACCUGGAGGCACAGCUGCAGGAGUCUGCCCUCCGGAGGCAGCUGGGGGAAGUGCAGAAGCACUUGGAGCUGAUGGAGGAGGAGAAGCGAGAGCUGGAGGUCCGUGUGCAGAGGGCUGAGGAGAGGAGCAGCAGCAUGGAACACCAGGUGCAAGAACUGCAGGAGAAGCAAAAGAGCUGGGAUUCAGCACCAGGGCCAGCUCCCGGCACAGCCCCCCCUCCAGCCCCACCUCCCCAGCCUCCUCCCCCACCUCCUCCCCCUCCUCCUCCACCUCCUCCCCCUCCUCCCUCACGAUCCAACCCACUCAGCUCGCUCAUUGCAAUCAUGCGGAAAUCUUCAAAGAGCUCCAAAGGAUCUCCGAAGAGUGAGCCAGCACCAGGGGCCCCAGCGAGUGUUGGAGCGGACGAUGUGAAGGUGAAGGCAGUAAAUGAGAUGAUGGAGAGGAUUAAACACGGGGUCGUGCUGAGACCUGUGAAGGGUCAGGCUACCAAGAGAAGAUUUGGUUCAAAGCAGCAGCCACUACAGAUGCCAGCCCCUGACGAAACAGCCCAAGAGAGUGCGAUGGAGGAACUGAAAGGAAUUCUGGAAACGGUGAAGAAGAGUCCGAGCAGAGGUUUUCCUGAAGUGGCUCCGACUAAGAAUGACAGUGAACUGGAAGUGAUUCUGCGAAGGAGGAGGAAGCAGAACUGUGAUCCGAGCUCUGGAGAUGUCAAGGGUGGGGAGAUGAGUAAGGUUUCAUCUUCGGAGAGCUUGAAUGCCAGAAACAGCUUGGACUCCAGCAAAGAGACUGUGCAGUCCUGCCAUGGGGGAAGCACGCGCAGCUCUCUGUCUGAGAAGGGCUCCGACGGGGGAACAAACGACUGCUGUGACAGCUGUGAGGAUGGAGAAAGGACACACUCUGCUGGGAAGUGUGUUCAGUCCAACGGGAUCAGCAUGGAUCUACCUAGCCAUGGCAAGCACAGCACCAAAACUCCAGGCUCCCCGGUCAGCUCUGACCCUGUGAACACAAGCACGGACGCAGAGUGCUAAACUUGGCAUCACACACAGCGCCCCCCCCGGGCCUGCAGCAGAACAGCUGCACAAUUUGCACACAGUUUAAAACUUGAUUUUUGUAACUUUAGGUACCCGAUUGUAAAGUUUCACGUGGAGUUUGGAAUGCACAUGCUGUCUGCCGGUGUGGGUUUGUGUCACACAGUUGUCUUAUUUGAUAGAUCAAUUGUACAUUCUUUCUUAUGUUCGUUCACUCACUGGAUGAAAAAAUAUUUCAGGUGACCUUAAAGCCUUCCUAGUUAAUAAAAGAAUAAUCCCAAACCGCAAGGGUUAUGAGUUAUUAGUUUUAAAAUAAUGUUGGUUUUUUUUCAGUUCUGAAUGCUGUAUUAUUUUCCAAAACAUUAAAAGCACUGCUUAAUAUUCAGAGAGUUUCCUUUAGAUACCCAUAUCAACAGAAAGGUGAUUUAAGGUGAUGGACUUGUGUAGUAUUUGCAAUACUACCCCAGUACCACUGCAGUGGUUGUCUCUGAUUCAGUUGCACAGUGUUUUGAGACCCCUAUGUGGAUGAAUGAAGCUAUAUUAGUGUGUUUUUUUUUUAAGUUGCUAUUGACUGCUUAUUUCUGAUUCAGUCAUGACUUUAAUGAAUGACUCAUUUAGCGAUUGCCUUCAUCAGUAAUUCAGAUUACAUAUAAUGCACAUGCUACAAGAAUUCAGCGUGAAUAAGGAAACAGUAGUAUUAUAGAACAUUACCUUUCGUAGUUAUCUAGCUGUAUACCAUCUUAACUCCAGCUUUGUGUUGCCAUCUGAUGACAUCAUGUGCAAUGCUGCGUGAUAGUGUUUUGUGUGUGUGUGAGCCAGGUUUACUGGCCCCUGUAUAAGGUUUCAGUUUAAGGCGGGCGGG